UGUGUGUUUUGCUAUAUUACACAAGUGCCGCCGCAUUGUAGUUAUUUUUGCAUUUAAAUUGAAUUAAAACUGCUGAAAAAUGCCUUUCAUGAAGGGACGAGAGCCUAUAAGGCGCACUCUGAAAUAUUUGAAUGCCGGCAAGCUGGUUCUUAAGGACAAGGUGCGCAUUUUCAGUGUCAACUACAAUACCUAUGGAGAUCAUCAUGCGGGCGCCAGAGACUUUGUGUUUUGGAACAUACCACAGAUACAGUUUAGAAAUCCUGAAGUACAGGUUGUUACGUUAAAAAACAUGACCCCUUCGCCGUUUGUGCGCUGUUACUUUGAGGAUGGUCGGGAUAUGAUUGUGGAUCUUGACAGUCGCAAUAAGGACGAGAUUAUAGAGCAUCUAGUCAAGGUGGUGGGCAAGACGCGUGAGCAACUGGAUGCGGAGGCGCGUCUGGCUGAGAGUAAAGAUAAUCCAGCCAAUUUUGGAUAUCGCUGUGAACGGCACUGCAUCUGUGAAAUUCCCGGACAACUGCCCUGUCCAGGCACAGUGAAGCUGCCAGAUAAUAUGAGAGGAAAGUUCUUAUUUGCACCCAAGUAGAAUUAGACAAAUUAUUGUUUUGUUUUUUAAAAAAAUCAGAUAAACUAUAU